CCGCCCAAGAACGAAACGCCAGAGGAGAAGGCAAUUCGACUGCAGGCCGAGGCUGAAGCCACCAGAAUCAGUCAGCUCAUCGACGCACAAAUAAAGACAGAACGCGCUCAGCUCAAGAAAGAGUCGGAGAACACGCACAAGAUACUAUUGCUCGUACCCAGUCUUCGCAACGCGUUUCCGAACCCCACUGUGACGCAAAACCUUGCAUAUGUUCCCUCGGUAACCAAUCAAGUCGACGGGGAGACGCCAAGUAAAGCCGAUUCGACACCAGGACCCGAACUGUCAGAAGAAGCUGCGUAUGUACUCAGGGCGGCGGCAAUUGAUGCUUGUGAAAUGAUCGUGCGACGGGCGAGGGGGCUAAAUGUGGACAACAGUGGUGGUGAAGAAUGGAUUAGAGAGCUGAAUUUGCCAGAGCUGGACGG